CUCCCUGACAGCCUCCCUAGCCCAGGGUUACCAUGACCAUGACAGUUCAGAGGAAGAGGAGGUGUGUUUUGCGUACGCCUGUAUGUUCCAGUACCCGCCCCUGGCUUAGAAUGACAGUCCAUGAUAUCGGUUAACCCCUUACCGUGUCCUCUGCCGUUUCACCAGUUCAGAGCCGACCUGGAGACUGUGUCUGUCCCAGUGUCUGUCAGUCUCCUACUUUCAGAACCUCAUCUCUGCCCAGUCACAUUCAUCCUGUAGACUACAUCCUCAUCAGCAUCACGAGUACACGGAGAUGAACUUGCAAGUCUCACCAUUUCAUAUUUGAUGCACGUUUAAUGAGAGGGUUAGACACAAAUAGUCAGGGACAUUACGAGCCUCUGAGCCGCUUCAGUGACACGUUACCAUGAACUCUCACUGAAGAAAAAAAACAGUUCAUCAUGUGACUAUUUCACUCUGACUGAGCGCAUUGUUUUUACAGAUUAUGAGUAUCAGAAGAAGUCACCUGUCUUCAUUUAGUCACUAAUCCUUCACCAAACCCCACAAAGAAAAACACGGCUUUUGUGGCUAACCCAUCUCAGUGUUAUCAUAUACAUUCAGGGCUUUUAUAGAUUAAAACGUGAUCCAUACCAGUUGCAUGGGAACACAUCCAUGUAUAUCUGCACUCAGUCUCUCUGCAUUGCGUCCAGAAGAGCAGCACUAAUUAAAAUAAAUCAUUCAAACUGAACAUCAGCUGAAAAGGGCCCCGAGUGUUUCGGUGAAGAGGCUUGCCAUGUGGAGUGCAAAGAUGUGCUACUUUUCCCUCAAGCAGCACUCUUUGCAGUCACCAAUUAUGAGUGUAGUGUAAUACACGCUGUGAUGCAGAGAGAUGGUGACAGAUAAAUGCAUCCUAAUCACCCCAGCAUGCAUGACGUGAGAGGAGGGGGAGGGCCUGAAAGUCAGGUUACUGUUCGGCAACAAAUUUUUACUGUCAAGUGUUUUGUGUUUGUACAGUGACUACACAGCAAAUGUCAUAUCCACGUGGAGUGAUUGACAUAAACCAGGAUGUAGCCUCUCCUAAUCACAAAUUUGUAUUAUUGAUUUAAAAAAUAUCAAAUGUUACCCUGAAAUGUCAAAGUGACUGACCGAAGGGUUCAUCUUCCUCUGAGUCUGUUUUGCUUCUGCUUAUUUUUCAUUUGCUUUUUAACUUUUUUUUUUUUUUUUUUUUUUUUUUUUUUUGUGGUUCUUUUGCAGAACGUAUCUGCAGUAUUGUCUGAUAAUCUGUAGCUGACAGUGCAAACAGCCAAUGCAUUUCCAUCUUCCCCAUUAUUGUGGCUAUGAAGAAUUUCUGUAGAGCAUAAAUGCAAAUAGUCAAACGUUCACAAGUUUGGUUGUUCUUGUUUUUCUUGCUUUCGACUUGGACCCGUUUGGGUGUGUCUGUGAAUGCAGACUGACAGCGAACAAACUGAUUUUGCCUUUGAUGGAGAGAUGACCGCUACAGAGCGCAUUACUGUCUUGUCUCACUGUCUCUAUGCUUUCCUCCUUACUUGCUGCCAGUCUGAAGCAGAUGAGGACUCUGAGAUGCGGACGCAGGACACAGAGCCUCCAGCGGAGGUCGUCAAGCACCAGACCAACAUCAGCGAAUUGAAGCGCUCCUUCCUGGAGACCGGCGGAAGCAUCACCACGCCCGGUCUCACAGAGUGGGAGAAGAGACUCUCCUCGUCCCCUAUGCGCUCACCCAGAUCGGAUGAGGCACCAAUGAUAGAGCCGCUGGAGCUGGAUGUAAGCUGCAGCACCACAGCAGACUGAAUGAUGGCAUGUGUGUGUAGAGCAUGACAUCACCAAGGAGAUUUCCUUUGGUUUUUUUGCUUUUAAAAAAAAAAGUAGUCAGUUCAGGAUUUACUACACAUUGACUCAUAAUUUAAUAUUCAUAAUGAGCCUAAGGCUAGAUAUUUUUUAUUUAUUUUUUUUCUAAACGGUGCGAGCGUGGUCGCACAUUUUGCAUCCCAAAUGGUUUUAGUGCAUAUGAAAGGAGACGAUGGGCACCUUGACAGAGGAGAAUGAUCUGUAAAGUCAUUCAGAGCUGAAUAAAGUUAAUUUCAGUGAGUGUGCUUCUCUUUCCCUCUUAUCAGCUCAUGUCUUCGGUAACUGAUUAUCAUAUUAAUUUGUCUCGGUAAUGGAUGAUGAAGUCAUUAAUCAGUGGUGUGAUUGUUGUGCUCAGUGACAUUAUGUGCAUUUUUAUCAGAGUUUCUCCUUUACUUGUGAUGUGUAAAAUUAUCUGAUGGACUUGCGCAGGACAAAUGAGCGGCACUAAUUAAAGUCUGUGAAGACGAGUCACUGACAACCAGUGUGUCUGACUAACAUGCGAGAAGGUGAAGGAGCUUUAGGAUCCAGAGUUGCCACAAUGGAACACGCGGUUCCACUGGUUGUGUCCGUUCUUGUAUUUUUCUUGAAUAUAUGUGAC